CAACACACAACACAAAACACAAAACACAAACUACUAAACCUACUCUCUCUACAAAUUAUUCUUCGGCCGCCGUACCAUUGCCGUUUAGGCAUGGCACCCACACAGCCGCCAUCCACAACAACCACCACAACCACCAUUAACAGAACUACCAGUGAUGGCGGCACCAUCAUCCUCAACAAGUACCACCUCACGCGCCUCCUGGGGCGUGGCAAUUUCGCCAAAGUCUACCACGGCCGUUCUCUCUCCGACAACUCUUCCGUCGCCGUCAAAGUCAUCGACAAACCCUCAAUCUCCGACCCCACAAUGGAACCUAGACUCGUCCGAGAAGUCGCCGCCAUGCGACGGUUAAACCACCCCAACAUCCUUAAACUCCACGAAGUCAUGGCCACAAAAACCAAAAUCUACCUCGUCAUGGAACUCGCCGCCGGCGGCGAACUUUUCACACAACUUAUCCGACGUGGCAGGAUGAAAGAACCCACCGCACGUUUCUACUUCCAACAACUCGUUUCCACUCUCCACUUCUGUCACCAAAACGGCGUCGCACACCGUGAUUUAAAACCACAAAACCUUUUACUUGACUUACAAGGUAACCUUAAAAUCUCCGACUUUGGUCUGUCGGCGUUGCCGGAAUCUCAUAAAGACGGUUUACUACACACUUCGUGUGGAACUCCGGCGUUCACCGCGCCGGAGAUUAUUCGCGGGAAACCUUACGACGGUAAAAAAACGGAUGCAUGGUCUUGUGGGGUAAUAUUGUUUAACCUUUUAACCGGUUAUUUACCGUUUCAUGAUGGUAAUUUACCCAACAUGUAUAAGAAAAUGUUUAAUCGGGAUGUUAUGUUUCCGGAUUGGAUAUCGAAGCAACCCCGGGUCAUAAUUCAUAAGCUUCUUGACCCGAACCCGAAAACCCGAAUGAGCAUUGAGCAGUUGUUGAGUGUUUCAUGGUUUAAGAAGUCUUUAAAACCCGACCCGUAUGUCGAAUUAUACGACGACAAAGAAGAAGGCGUAAAAUGCGAGAAAACGAUGAAUGCGUUUGAUAUAAUCUCGUCGUUGUCGUCCGGGUUGAACUUGUCGGGUAUUUUCGAGGAGAAGGUGAGGAAGGAAAGGCGGUUUACGUCGAAUGCGAAGGCGGAGGAGGUGAAGAAGAGGGUGGUGGAAGUAGGGGGGGAAUUAGGGUAUAGAGUGAGGAAGAUGAAGGAUGGAGAGAAUAAGAAAGAGGGUGUUUAUGGGUUGGUGAGAGGGAGGGUGGAGGUGGUGGUGAAGGUGAUGGAGGUGGUGCCGGAGGUGGUGUUGGUGCAGAUGACGGUGGUGGAUGGUGGAGAUGAGUUUAGUGAGGGGGGAUGGGAUGAGUUGAAAGGGGGGUUUCAAGAGAUUGUUGUUUCAUGGCAUGAUGGUGUAUAGUGAACCAACUUUUUUUUUUUUUUUUGUAUUAGUGAUUAACAAGUGGUUAAAGUCUUUAUCAUUUGUUGAUCUUAUGAUUUUUAAUGUGUAUAAAUAAAUAAAUGAAUAGAUGGUGAAUGUAGCUUAAUGUUU